UAGUUUCACGGCGCUAACUAAACCUAAGAUUGGGCCAUAGCUGAACAAGUUGCCAGGGAAAGUAGUGAACACAGUGCAUUAACCCCCAAACGACAGGACUAAAACCAAAACCAAAACAAAACAAAACAUGUUUCUACAAAACGUUAUAAUCUAAGAAUCUAAAUACCUUUUCGUCUACCUCCGAGCGUUGCUACCUUUGUUUCUCCACUCUCCGCACAUGGCCGUCGUUGGCGUUCUCGCGCUACAAGGAUCAUUCAACGAGCACAUAGCUGCUCUUAGAAGGUUAGGGGUGAAAGGUGUGGAGAUUCGAAAACCGGAGCAGCUUCACACCGUUUCAUCCCUCAUCAUCCCCGGUGGAGAAAGCACCACCAUGGCUAAGCUCGCUGAGUAUCAUAACUUGUUUCCUGCUUUGAGAGAGUUUGUAAAAUUGGGAAAGCCUGUUUGGGGAACCUGUGCAGGGCUUAUAUUCUUGGCAAACAAAGCUAUAGGACAGAAGAGUGGUGGACAAGAUUUGGUCGGGGGACUUGAUUGUACAGUGCAUAGAAAUUUCUUUGGAAGCCAGAUUCAAAGCUUUGAGGCAGAGCUUUCAGUGCCACAGCUUGCCUCCCAGGAAGGUGGUCCUGAAACAUUUCGUGGAGUUUUUAUUCGUGCACCGGCAAUUCUUGAAGCAGGGCCAGAAGUUCUAGUGUUGGCUGAUUAUCCCGUAUCUUCUGAUAAAUUAUUAAGUUCUGACACUUCUACCGAAGAAAAAAAGGAGAAUGCUGAGGAAGAAAGUAAGGUUAUUGUUGCUGUGAGACAAGGGAACAUACUAGGGACUGCUUUCCAUCCUGAAUUGACAGCUGAUACUCGAUGGCAUAGUUAUUUUUUGAAAAUGUCAAACGAGACUGGAGAAGAGGCUUCCUUAAGUAACCUUGUUCCUGCACAAGUCACCACAAGUCACUAUCAACUGAUCCGGAGUGACCUUCCUAUCUUUCAAUAGGACAAUCAAUACUCACCAAGCCGAACAAUUGUGGGUAGAGAGAUACAAGUAAUACUAAACAUUCAUUGGAUUCACUUGAGAAAGACUUGGUCAUCUCCCCUAUUGCUAGGCAGAAAGAAUUGGUAUUAUUAUGUCAUCAGUUAACAAAAGUUAACACCAAUGUUGCGUGCUGUAAUGAUGUAACGUGCCUAUAUGAGGUUAACCCUAACUUGUCCAUUAUUCACAUGCUCCUUCAUUGGCUUUUAAAUCGUGUUGUACACAACUUUGAAAUCGUCCUUUAAUUGGCUUUUAACAAAGUAGGGGGAGGCUCAAGUUAAAGAUAAUAGGUGUCUCAUUAUCA